GCUUUGGGCCUGCUUCACAGCCUGGAUGGCGCAUUGCAGUGUGACUUCAGCUUUCCGAUAGGUGCCGGGAAGAAUGCCAUGCCCGAUUGGUUUGAUGUGCGGCCAGAGAUCGUUUACAAUGUGGUCGGCUUUAGGCCCGGAGAUGUUUUGACCAUUCGUGGAGGCCCGCCCGGAACUCGCUUGACCUUGAUCGGUCUUCGGCCGGAUCCCGAUACUGGGGAGAUCUCGGUGUGGUGGCAUCACGAGGACUUCCAGACCGUCCAUGCCGGAGCUGGCAAGAUUCCUGGUUGGGAGCACAUGCGGCAGAUGAUGCGUGACACAGGUGAGAAGGUGAACCUCGAGGAGUUGAAAGAGCGCCUUCGAAGCGGGAAGGGUCGAGGCGAAGAGAACCAGGGUGAUCUGCAACAGCAGAUGCUUUCGCAGAUGUCAGCACAGCUUUCGCCAGCGGACCUGCAAAAGCUCAUGGGGGCAUCACCAGCGGACCUGCAACAGCUUUCGCCAGCGGACCUGCAACAGCUGAUGGGGGCAUUAAUGCGCUAA